GGAUGGUAUGACCUAUGACCAAUUUAGCAAGAUGGCGGUGGAUCAGGCUGGUUUUCUCCAAGAAGCAAGGACUUCGAAGAGUUGGAAAGGUAAGACCAUUUCAUGAAGUAUUACGGGCAAGGACAACCUGGUAGUGAUGUUUGAAGGAGGUUGUGAAGCCCUAACUUAUGUUCAAAUUAAGUAUGGAUUGGAUGAGAACGGUGGUGGAGUCCAAGGAGGUGAUUUCUCUAUUGUGGUCCAUGGGGGAGGACGAGGAGGAAGAGGCGACCAAGGUAGAGGAGGUCGUGGUUGGGAUGGUAGAGGACAUGCCUAUGAGGGGAAGUGCAGCAAUGAAGGCAGCGCAAAGAGAGGUAGGGGUUAUGGACCCCCACAUGGUAGCACCGACCGAGCCCUCCAACAGCAAGAUAGGGCGCGUCCGGACCUUCAUGGACCUGGCCGCUGUCGAACAGGAGCGGAUUACCGUUGCAGCUGAACAGCAGAGACUGGCCGAAGAGGCAGCAGCUGAGCAACAGAGACUGCCCAACGAGGCUGCCGCCAAGGCACAACAGUUGGCCAACGAGGCCGCCGUCCAAGCGCAGCUACAGCGAGAAGCCGACGAAGCAGCGCAACAGCAACAGCGUGCCGCAAGCACACAGGUCCUGCAGAAUGAGGAGCAGCGUUUCAGCGAACUCCUCACAAACUGGACUUUUGUGCCAUCAGCCGCACAACCGGCGCCAACAGCGGCGGAGCAGGAGAAAACAGAAUUGGCUUACCUACUCAGACACUUGUUACACAUUGUGAACUGGCAGCAGGAGCAGUUGAGGCGACACGCUCAGACCAGCAGCAGCAGCUUCUAAAAGCUGCCGCGAAUGACUGUCGGACAUUCGCUACGGCAAUCAAUUCUGCCAAGACGG